AUGAGCCUCACUCGCCAGUCAAUUGGCCUUUACCGUCGGCUCCUACGCACCGCGAGGAGCUGGCACGGCUCUGCAGAAGAGCGGACGUAUAUCAAGGAGGAGAGUCGGCGAGCGUUUGAGAGCAACAGACACAUCGAGGAUAAGGAGCGCAUCCGGGAACUGUUGGAGGAGGGCGAGGCACGUCGGCAGAUGGCGGUGCAUUAUGGCAUCCCGUAUCCACGCUUGCACAACAUGCCAACUGGCGCUGUCAGCUCCAACAAGGCGCAGUUUGUGGUCCCCACAUCCAUGUCAGCAGUGUACCAGGGUGAGAAGGACACAGACUACACCCCGCAAGCCUCUGCGUCUCGCUGA